AUGGAUCCCUCAGAACCUCCUUUGCCAUCCCCGCAGGACCAGCCCCCCGAGAGCGGGUCUUAUCCGCGGAAACGACGGCGGAAAUACAUCGCCAAAGCAUGUAACGAAUGCAAACGUCGCAAGAUCAAAUGCAACGGCCAGGCGCCAUGCCAUCGCUGCGGACGCCAGCGCAUCGCCUGCAUCUACGCGGACAAUCCGCGCGAAACCGUAGCAGAGCCCCCGUAUGGACCUCCCAGCUCCUAUCCUGCCACAACCCAUGCUGACCGCACCCGCCCAAGAACCCUCUCCCACCUGCUCGACCGGAUGACCGCCAUGCAGGAGCAGAUCGCCUCGCUCUCCGCUGCCGUCUACGCCCUCACGCGCUCCGCGGCCUCCCCGCGCCAGGACCCCGCGCCGCCCGCGCGACCCUUCCGCCGCCUCUCCACCGCCAAGGAUCUCCCCUUCCAGGGCCCCACGACCUCGGCCUUCAGCUUCGACCUGGCCAAGUCCAGCCUGCAGCAGCGCGGGAUUGUCGGGCGUACCGAGCCGGACUCGGAGACGCGGGAGCUGUCGCCGUCACCCUCGCCGCCGGGAUCGCCAUCGCCAUCACCGGCGCUGGACGGGCCGGACGUGCAGGCGCGCGGCGACCCGCUGUGGACGAUCGGGAAGAGCGAGGCGCUCCGUCUGUGCCGCGUGUACGAGGAGGAGAUGGGGAUUAUGUACCCCGUGCUGGAGCUGGGGCAGUUGCUGGCGCAGGUCGAGGCGCUGUAUGGGUCGAUGGAGCGGUGUUCGUGGCCGCGGGCGCGGCGCGGCCCGUCCGGUAGCGGGCUCGAUGGCACGGACGACGUGCAUAUCCUGCGGCUGGUGUUUGCGUGUGCGCUGACGGCGGAGGCGAGUGGCCGCAGCGAGCUGGCGAUGCGCCUGUUUGAGAGUGUGCGCGAUGUGGCGGAUAAUUGUGUCUGGGGGGUGCCGGAGAUCAGUAGUAUUAUCUUUCUGACGUUGGUGGCCAUCUUCUAUUUCCAGAUGGACGAGGAAACGCUGGCGUGGCGCACCAUCGGCCUCGUCGAGCGCAUGUGUCUGGAGAAAGGACUGCACCGGCGCGCGACGCUGAACCACCCCAGCGUGGUGGCCGCCGGCCGCGACCGCGUCCUCUGCCUGUUCUGGUCCAUCUACACGCUGGACAUGCGCUGGAGCUUCGGCACGGGCAUGCCCUUCUCGCUUGAGGACAGCGACAUCGACCCCUGGCUGCCGGAGCCCGAGGAGAAGACCCCGUACCUGCGCGUGAUGAUCCGGUAUAGCCGCAUCGCCGCGCGCGUGUGGAAGUUCAUCGCCGCCUUCAACAACACCGGCGAGAUCCGCAAGGACGAGAUGAACUAUCUGGACUGGCAGGUGCUGCAGUGGGCCGCGGCCAUCCCGGAGUCACUGCGCCUGGGUAGUAAUACUAGCACCAGCACCAGCACCAGCACCAGAGCCACCGGCGACGCACCAGAGCCCCGCAGCCUGCGCCGGCUGCGCUCUCUGCUGGCCCUGCGCGGCAACCAGCUGCGCAUGCUCAUCCACCGGCCCGUGCUGCACUCGGCCACGCACAUCGUGCGGUACCCAGCCGAGUGCCAGACCGUCGUGGACCUGGCGCAGGACACGAUCCGCUUCAUCACGCGGCUCAACGAGACCUCGGACAUCUACCAGCUGCAGCAGGUUGCGUUCAACUGGUUCCUGGUGUCGGCGCUGGCCGUGCUCUUCCUGGCCGUGGCGCAGACGCCGGCGCGGUUCGCCGCGCGCUGCCGCGAGGAGUUCUACCUGGCGCUGAAGCUGGUCAAGGGCUUCUCGACGCAGUCGUACAUCUCGCGCCGGCUGUGGAAGUCGAUCCGCGGUCUGCGCGAGCUGGGGCCCCAGGUGGGGUUGCAGUGUCGGCGGCCGGGCGAGGACGAGGUCGAGGUCGAGGAUGGUCGGCAGACUGGCGUCCAGCAACCUGUUACCGCUGAGGCGGCGGCGGCGGCGGCGGCGGCCAGUACGCACAGCCACACGCCGCAGGACGGGGCGCAGAUGACGCAGGAGCUGAUGCAGUGGUUUGAGGCCGUGGGGGCGCUGGAGACUCAGAUCAUGGGGGUGGGCGCGCAGGUCGAUGUGGCGAGUGGGUAUGUACACAUACCCAUGCUGGACUAUGGCGGGGAUCUGUCGAGUGUCAUGCGAGAUCUCUUCUAG